AUGGCCGCCAUCACCACCCACCCCGGCCUCGUCAUGCACGAGAUUGCCAAGCGCUCCAAGAGCUGGCCCGCCAAGAACGUCGGUGUCAUGGUCGUCUUCUGCAUCGUCUUUGUCGUCGCCGUCGCUCUGCUCGCCAUCUUCGUGAGCAAGUGCCUCAAGCGCCGCAGGGAGGCCAAGCCCGAGCUGUAA